GCUGGAGAACAGUGGACCAGCUGGAGGCUGUUCAUUCAUCUAUCCCGACCAGGGUUAGCCUCACACGAACCUGCAUAUCAGUGUUAGCUAGCUUAUCAUUUAGCUGGCUUACAAACAAACAAAAUGGCACAGUUGAGUCAAUAAAAGUGUCAGUCCAACAUGUGAAAAAUCUGCGGCAUUGUGUGAACCAGCAGGGACUCAGACAAUCAUCAGCGCUGCGGAGGAAGUGGUGGCUAUCCAAUAAGGAUCAUGUGGUGGGCCUGGCCGUUCCUGCCUGCUCUGGUGCUUCUCUCAGAGCUCUCUGUGGUGAGAGUCCAGACUGCGCCGUGCCAGACCUGCCGAAAACUCACAGAGAGUUUCAUCAAGGGCUUGGAGAUAACGGCCAACAAGAACUUUGGGGGUGGAAACACUGCCUGGGAGGAAGAAAAGCUGGCUAAAUAUGAACGCAGUGAGACUCGCCUCCUUGAGAUAGUAGAAGCUGCUUGUGAAAAAGCAGAUUUUGAAUGUAACCAGCUCCUGGAGCAGAUAGAGGACCAAGUGGAGACAUGGUGGUUCCACAGGCAGCAGGAGGCACCGGACCUGUCUGAGUGGCUGUGCAUAGAGGAGCUGAGACUCUGCUGUCCACCUGGACGCUUUGGACCUGACUGCAAAGAAUGUCUGUCCAGCCCUGAUGGUGUGUGUGGCGGUCUGGGCCGCUGUGAGGGGGAGGGGACUCGCCUCGGAGAUGGAGAGUGUGUCUGUGAUCCCGGAUACUCGGGCCAUCUGUGCCAGAGUUGUGCGGAUGGCUACUACAGGGAGAAAAACUCCAACAACAGCAUAGGAGCCUGUGCAGCUUGCUACCACUCAUGUAAGAAAUGUGCAGGGCCACAGCACUUCCAAUGCCUCGACUGCAAACCCGGCUGGAUCCUUCAUGACAACAAGUGCGUGGACAUUGACGAGUGUGGAACAGAGCUGGCUCGUUGUCCUUCUAACACCUACUGUCACAACACAGAGGGAGCAUACGAGUGCAGAGGCUGCGACCAGGCAUGUGUUGGCUGCAUGGGAAGUGGACCUGCUCGCUGUAAGAAAUGUUCCCGUGGCUACAAGUUGAAAGGAGCAAAGUGUCUUGAUGUCAAUGAAUGUAGUGAUCGUGCAAUAGCAUGCCCAGGACUCAAUGAGGCCUGUAUCAAUGAGGAGGGGUCCUUCCACUGUGACUGUGCUGAUGGAUUCAUUCGAAGAGACAGCAUAUGUGUUGAGAACAAGCCUCCAGCUGGCCCAGAGAAGGGGCUGUUUGACGACAUGACAGACGAUGAAGUCCUCGUGCUGCAGCAGAUGUUCUUUGGCGUUGUUAUUUGUGCCAUAGCUACACUCGCUGCUAAGGGUGACAUGGUUUUUACGGCCAUUUUCAUCGGAGGUGUAGCUGCCAUGGCCGGAUACUGGCUGACAGAAAAGGGAGACCUAAUGCUGGAUGGAUUUAUGAAGGGACGCUAGACUUUCCGGAGCCUCGAUGUUAGAAAGGACACCGGAAUACCGGCCAGGUCAGGUGAAUAAGACUCAACCGGGGGGCAGGAAAGUAUCCCUGCAAUGCUAACCUUUCAGGGAUUUACUUUGGGAGUUACUUGAAAAGACUUGGUUUCAUUUAUGUUUAUGAAUAGGAUAAUGCAAGAAAAAGGGAGAACUUGAAGGCUAUCAAGCCAUUAAUCUUGGAAGAGGAAUGACAAAGCAACACUGCACUGAUAUAAAGGAGAUGAACUUAGUCCCCUAACUCAACUCUGUUGGGAACAAGGGUGACAUGAAGACAACUAAUGAUUGUUAAAAUCUGUUAUGCAUUUGGAUGUCUCAUGCCUCAACUUUGAAAUGAUGUCGUUUUUUCUUCCACACUAUCGAAACCUCCAGUCAUCAUGUCCAUCAUGUUUUUUAUUAUCUCAAAGCUGUAAAGCAGAGGGUUUCCCAUGGGCUGAUUGUGAGUUUUAUCAGGUUACUGCAGCACCCAAGCUACUUGCAAUAGGCAGAGGUUAGAUAAGGGAAAUGUUAGGAAUUUACUUUAUCGCCCAAAAAGGAGAGUUCAUUGAAACCCUGGGAUGUUUCCAUUAUGAGCUCAUGGUUUGUUUAUGUUCACAGAACUUUACCUCUUUACCUGCUGAAUGAUUCUUUUUAGUAAUAAUGCAUGAAAAUAGGGUUUGAAAUGAAAGGUACUACACUGUAUGCAUUAUUUUAUUGUCUUACUUUGGCAUGGAAGAAUGACUUCACCAGCUGCUGGAUCACCAACACUACUGCUAUCGACCAUUUAAUGAGUGUGUGAAGGAAUGUGCUUUAGGUACCUACCAACUAUGGAUCUGGAUGACUAAAGCCAUUUUCUGUUGCCUUUUAUUUAUUUUGAAAGCAAUAUUUAUAUAUUUAAAGAUUUGUGUUAUCAUAUUUAGUCUUUACAUUUUAUAUGUGUAUUUGUGUGUUUAUUCUCAAUACAUUUUUAUUUUCAUCUGUUCAGUUGUGAUUGUAGCAGAUAUAGUAGCAUCCUGUUCGAAGGCCAAAGUCACUUCUUACCCAACCAUCUCCUCUGUCCUUGGUUUUCUUCAUGUGGAAACUGUUCCACAGUCAUUAUUUGUCAUAUAUGUUUGCUUUACAAUAAAAAGUCUGUCACACUUUA